AGACUACACAAUAAUGCAAAGAAGCGCUAACUCAGCAAGAAUAGUGAAAUCCGCAUUGGUUGUACUUCCAACCGAGUCCGGUCCAUGGUAAACAGUUGGAAGCUAAUGAUGGUCCCUCGAUUUGCUUUCUUAGCAGUGUCAUUGAUUUUAUAUAAACAAAUAACUUGAUUGCCAUGAAGAGCGAUGAAUUUAAUUACCACAUUCUCAAACGGCGCGAAUAACAUCUUUGUAGUUUUUGCUACCAUUCCAACCACUCACCCCAUCGCACAAGUAGGUAGCACCGGCACGCCGUCAGCCGACUCUCACUGUGCAAGCGCUGCCCUAACCGAAGUGUGGUAGUCCGUGAAGCAACAGGGUGCUGCUACCACUCCUGAAAGUCCACCGGAGAGACGACGACGACGACGGGGAUGACGAUGGCGCAAGCGCGCCACCCUGACACUGAGAACUAGCACUUGUUUAUUACCAUCCAUCGGCACGGGCGCCCGUGAGUGCCACGCCACCGAACCUGGAAGGGCACUUCUUUCCCAGCAGCUGAGCUAGGUGUUUCUCCGCUCGGCCAGCAAUCGUCAACAGUUGGUCGCAGUCUUUCACCACGAACAUGUGGCCAUCCUACCGACCGUCCCGGACGGGUAUCGCGCGGAAUGUUGAUCCGAACUCUUCACUGCUGUGAGGGCUCUUGGCAGAAACUGAUUGAUGAUGAUGAUGCCGUUGAUGUGGGGAUGCGAGGAAGUUUUACGGAACCAGUGCAUGUGUAGUGUCGUUUCAUCAAAUGUCGGUUAGAUGAUUUUUCCGGUUUCGGAUUAUCGGUUCUAGUUCUAGUUUUGCCGGGUUCUAUGUAGAAGAAGAAGAAGGUUCCCAGGGUAUGUUAUUAUGUGGUUUCUGUUACGGCGUAAAGUGGCUUAGAAUGUUCUCUGCCUGUGUGCGUGUGACGUCAUUUGCUGUUGUAGUUCUUUAUUCGAUGGUCAACUGGGUGAAAAGAAAUCAACCGAAAGUGCUCUCAAAUUGAUGUUUCUACUUACUGUGUUUCGAAAGCAAUAUUAUCUUUAAAAUAGUGGAAAGUAUGUAAAUGAGGCGUAAAAACCAUUCAAAAGGAAAAAAGUUAAAUACAAGAAAGAGGAAAAAACGAACACCUCACCAACGAAAAGUAUUAGUGCGUCGUGGUAUCACACGUGCUUUUGAUUCUAUAUGUGAAGUGACACAAGUUGAAAAAUUGUAUAUGUACACGGAGCGAAGGAAAAGCUUGCAAUUUUCACCUGUUCAAUAUUCCACUAUCGCAAAGGGUAGGAGGAGGGGAAGGUGGUGCCUUGUCCCUCAGCUCCUCAUCAGUCAAGUGAAGUGAAAGUAUGCGCUUUGAUACUUGGUCGGAGGGAUUCGUUCUACAGCUAGAUAGAUAGCGGUACGGUUUCGAGUAAAUGCAGUGAUUUUUCCAACCGAGUGCACUACGACAAAGCAGCGGCGAGGGGCGGAAUUGACACAGCUCCAGUACCUAGCCUAGCCGUCGGAAAAUCGACGGAAGCACACUUGCCGGAUGCCGUAGCUCGUCUGGCGGAUGCUGAAAAAAAAGUGUGAUUACAGCUAGUGUAAGAGCGUGAAUUGGAUAAUAAUGGUUUGCCGAGUGGAGAGGAAAAGCGACGAUUGCUGAUUACGGUCUCUCUCUCGCCUGCGAAUCUGCGAUCGGGAGUGUAUGUGUAUGUGUGUGAAGACGCCUCCCUCGAAUCAAACGAACCGGAAGUGAAGUCAGGACAAGGGUGCUUCAAUUUAAUGAAAGUAAAACAGAAAGCUGCACCAACUGUGCUACUGUGGAGCGGCGUCGUGAAAAGCCGGUGAACACAAUGUGGACAGUGCCGCUGAGGGCUGAACGAAAUUGGCAGAAUUCCAGCAGUGCUGAUGCUAGAUCCGGAAUGUGUCCGUGGUGCAGCAGCCCGGUGAAAGUGUACCGGGUGAAGAAAAAGUGUUACGACGACAACGUUCGAAACUGCAGUAGUGCUGGUAGUUACAAACUGUACCGAGAUUGAUUUGAGCAAGGAUAAAAGUGAACGCCGACCAAAGUUGCCGGCGAGUAGAAGCUGCUGCAUCCAGCGCCAAAUGUUGUCGGUUGUACUCAGUACGACCACGAUAACAAUGAACAGAGGCGAGCAGGAAAAUCUCUUUUGGCAGUCACGUAAUCUCAGACUGCAGCAAGAGGAGAAACAGCAGCGUCAGUGUCAACAGCAUCAUCAAGAGCAGCAACAAAAACAACAGCAAUAUUUUAACAAACCGCGUCAUUUUUCGUAUGGUAACAUCCAUCAAAUCAGUAACCUUCAUAUGCAAGCGUCCAAUUCGCGAUCGUUUGGCGAUGAUCGCGGCAGCGGCAGCCACCAGUUUGCUGGCGUUGCGUGUGAUGACCUGGUGCUCAGUGUGCUCAAGUCUCCGAUCAAGGAGACGACGAACCUGCUCAGUAGUAGCAGCAUAUGCGGUCAAAUCAUAUCGGCCAGUCCGAGUGCCGGUAGUAAUGGGCUGGGAACCGGAGCCAACACGGGAACGGCCACCACCCAAACAUCGAGUCCUUGUGCCGGAUAUCAGGCACUGCACGGGUCCGAAGAUGAAAUGAUCGACGACAUCGAGUCGGCAAUCGAAACAACCGAGCUGAACGCUGUCAAAGUGACAGCAGAACCGUCUUCCUCACCACGGGCAUUGAAGUUCCUGCGACGGUUUCGAACGGGUAAAACGGGACGUUUCGAACCGCACCAUCGACGUGUUCCAACGCCCGCCCGCCGCAGGAACCGAAGUCGUUCCCGUUCUAACGCGGACAUCCUGGAUGGAGUGACGACCGGUGAUGAUCCGUGCGAUGUUCUACCCGGAGACGAUCCGUGUGAUGAUGGCGGUGAUGCGGCGCCCAUCUCGCAGAAAAUCGGUGUUCCGGAUCCUUACUAUCCCAUCGCACUGCCGAUCGAUCAAGCAUUCAAAGCCAAAUAUGUUUUCCACCACCGCAGAGGCAAAACGGUGCAGGAGCGGUUCUACGUGUUCCUCGAGCAUCCGGUCGGCUGGCUGUGCUUUAUAUAUCAUUUUUCCGUGUUUAUGCUCGUGCUGGUGUGUCUGAUAUUUAGCGUACUGUCGACGAUAGACGAGUACAGUAAGUUCGCGAACGAGACCUUAUUCUGGAUGGAGAUCUGCCUGGUGGUGUUCUUCGGCGUGGAAUACCUGGUGCGGCUCUGGUCCGCCGGCUGUCGGUCCAAAUAUAUGGGCUUCUGCGGCCGGUUGCGGUUCAUCCGUAAGCCGAUAUGUAUUAUAGAUUUAAUAGUAGUAGUAGCAUCUAUGGUUGUGCUGUCAGUUGGCUCAAAUGGACAAGUAUUCGCCACCAGUGCCAUCCGGGGCAUCCGAUUUCUGCAGAUCCUCCGUAUGCUGCACGUGGACCGGCAGGGUGGUACCUGGCGGCUGCUUGGCUCCGUCGUUUUCAUCCAUCGGCAGGAAUUGAUAACGACGCUGUACAUUGGUUUCCUCGGGCUAAUAUUUAGCUCCUACUUUGUGUUUCUGGCCGAGAAGGAUAUCACCAGCCCGGACGGGCGGCAACCCUUCGCCAGCUAUGCGGAUGCCCUCUGGUGGGGCGUCAUCACCGUCACGACGAUAGGCUACGGGGACACGGUACCCCAGACGUGGAUGGGCAAAAUCGUAGCUUCGUGUUUCAGUGUGUUUGCAAUCUCGUUCUUCGCACUUCCGGCGGGCAUCCUUGGAUCCGGCUUCGCACUCAAAGUGCAGCAGAAGCAGCGCCAGAAGCAUUUCAACCGUCAGAUUCCGGCGGCCGCGAUGCUGAUCCAGUGUCUCUGGCGCUGCUACGCCGCCGACAAGAGCUUCCACUCGGAUGCGACCUGGCAGAUCUACGUCAAGUCGGACGACCAGAAUGCCAACAGUUCCAACAUCAGCACCGCCCUACCCUCGCAGCUGGGCAAAACCCUAAUGGUACAGGUGGCGAGACGCGGUGCAUCGGUGCUGAAGCGGAGAAAAUCACGAAAUCGGAUGGAAGUUCCCGGGCUGAAGAAUACGGUGGCAACGUCGGCGGCGGUGACGGCAUCCCCAGCGGCAACAGCAGCACCAUCCGGAGCCGGGGGUUCCGGCGCAGGCCCCGUCUCGACCCCCUCGGGAGUUGGUGGGUUCGGUGGGAGUUAUGGACCACUAGGGACUCCCGGGGCGGGUACGAGCAGUGCAGGAACCGGCGGUGGAGCAGGAAGUGAGAAUACCCUGGUGACACCGGUGACGCCGGCUGCGGAGUCGCAGCUGUCGAAAAGUGAAUCCGACGGGGACGUCGUGUUCUACAUGGAGGAACCGCGGGCGGCGGGAACCCCGUCCCGAAUCAGACGAAACGAUCCGAAUCGGGGUGCGUUUGUGAGCCAGAACAGCUCCGUUACGGAGGCACCAAGUGACGAAGUAGAGGCGGAACAGGAAGCAGAACCGGAACAGGACGACGAACCGGAACCGGCUCGGGUAACGCAAGCUCAGCGCAACUCGGAGACAUUUGUUGACACAUUCUCAGGGGAACUGAUAGCCGAUGCCGAUGAGGUUUACAGAAGCUCGGUGGAGCUGUCGGACAGCCACGGAUAUGCACGGAAAUUCAAUGGAGCUCAGGGCUUUUGUCAAGAGCCCAUAACCGAUUUCAGACUGACGGAAGCCCAUCGGAACGCCAUCCGAGCGAUCCGGAAAAUCAAGUACUUCGUUGCCAGGCGCAAAUUCCAGCAGGCUCGCAAACCGUAUGACGUCCGGGACGUCAUCGAGCAGUACUCCCAGGGCCAUCUCAAUAUGAUGGUCCGGAUCAAGGAGCUCCAGCGACGGCUGGACCAGACCCUAGGCAAACCGGGCAGCUAUCUGGCCGGUAUCGACCGGGUCGGUAACAUCAAACCGAUGACCGUCGGGGCGCGGUUGUACCGAGUCGAGCAGCAACUAUCUGUGAUGGAUAAGAAAUUAGAUCAAUUAACCCACGCCAUUAACUCAAUGACCCUGCAGCAGAAGAUGAUAUUACCCCCGAUCCAACCGCCAAUGUACUACGGCCCACAGACGCCGCAGCAGCACCAGCAGCUGGCCGUCUUGGGUUGUCUGUCCCCGCUGCAGUUACCCCCGGCACCCUCGCAAGCGAACUCACCAACGCCGACCAAGUGCAUCGAAGACGAUGUGUAAUAUUGGAUUUAAGCGAACACUGAUAGUGCAAUGUGGAAGUCUUUUUACCUUCAAUACUACAUUUAAGCAUCGUUGAAAUAGUUAUCUUUAAGACAGCGAGGAGAAGCAAGAAAUCAAUCCCUAAUAAUAGAGUAGAUAAUUCAAAAGUGAUUUUUAAUAACAAAUUCAACUCUAAACUAAUAAAUAAGUAAAAAAAAAAGUAAGAAACUGUAGUUGGAAGCGAAGACAAAGAAAUGCAUUUAAUAUCAAGCUAGAAAAAACAAACAAACCAAACAAGAAGUCGUAGAUAAGCGAACUGAAACUAAAGAAAGAUUUAAAGCACAAGAUUGAAUACCCUUUAAAAACUAUUCAUAGUUAAAAGAAAUGCUAAUCUCGCGAUACUUGAUCCAAACAAUCGGAAAGAAAACUCAUUGUGUAUAUUGUCGAACUAACGAAGCAAACGAAAUUUCAAAAUGGCCUAUCGGAAAGCAGCGAACUGAGUCCAGAGGGCGUGAGCACUUUUGUUUUAUGUUAUCCGUUUAAUUGGUGCUAAUUACGAUGGUAAGAGGUGGUCGAACUUUAUGCCGUUCAGUACAGUUACGUAGAGCAGAGAGAUAGGAAGGGGUCGUGUACUUUUGACUACUCAAUUGAAUCACAUGCAAAUCUUGAUCCAAUUUUAUCAAUGUUAGUUGUUGUGCAUCUAACUUAGAUAAAUCUUUUUUUUUUCUCUUUAGUAAAUUUGCAUGCCGUCAUCGAGAGUCAGAAUUAGAGAACGCAAAGUAACCCCAAUGUCGUAUAUACAGGUCUGGCGAAGAUGGCACUUUUGUAUUCGUAAGAAGAAUCUUACAUGAGUGGUGUGAGUGAUCACAGUAUAAAUCGACUUGCUUUCGUCAUACCGGUCGUUCCGCUCCCAUUGAAUCGUGUGACCGCUAUGACGUCGACCCUUUGUGCUUCUGGAUUGUUUACAUAUUUUUGUUUGUCAACACUAGCAAACCGUGUGUUCUGCCACACCUAUAUAUACCUCAUUGAAGUAACCCCCAAUGACGAUAUUGUUUAUAUUGUCGAUAGCUGACCAUAGUAAAACUAGAAAAACUCUAGAAAGAGAACUGCGGAGAGAAAAACUGCAUUUUUGGCAACGUAUGCCCCGGCAUUGUAUGGCAACACGUCCAAUGUUAUAAAGAUGGGCAAUGUUCGAUUGGAUUCGUUUUGUGACAGCUAAACCCGAAUCCAGUUUUUCUAAGUAAGGCUACACGAUCAGUCACCGCAGGCCCGUGCACAAGGGUAGGGUUUUUGGGGUUCAUACCCCUCCCAUGAUGGUUUUGAACAAUUUUUAAAAUUUUAUUAACUUCCCAUUCAGGAAAAAAUAAGGGAUGUACCAAGUUGGUAAGUAAGUCUCUAGAUCGGUUCACGUUUUGAUUAAAGACGCUGAAUUCCUCUGGAUAAAGACUCGACAUGUCAAUCGUUUGUUUACCAUUUAUCUGUCAGUGUCAUUCCAACCGAG